AAUGAAAGUCAAGUCUGACGUGUCUCACUGUAUACAGAAUAUAUAAGAGCGAAGUAUGUGAUGGGGAACAAAUAUCUGGUCAUUUAGGAACAAGACAACAUCUUUAACGACUUCCAACUGGAAGAUUCAAGACUUUAAAACAUCGACACCUCUAACGUUAUUCUGAUCUAAUGAUGCGCAACAGACAUAGAGGAUCUAAUCUUGGUCUGGUCUUGCUGGCCUCACAGGUUUUCCAGCUGGGCUUAGACAACAUCCCACCUGUUACUCUGGCAACGCUGGGACUCAAUGUCUAUUUAUUUCUGUUUCCUCUCAAACCCAUCUUACAGACGUGUUUGAGUGUUCGUGAGGCGUACUGGUACAGAGACUGGCAUCGUUUGCUCCUCUCUCCAUUUCACCAUGUUGAUGACAUGCACCUGUAUUUCAACAUGGCCUCCCUUCUUUGGAAGGGAAUCAACCUGGAAAGGAAACUGGGAGGGCCUUGGUUCGCAUACCUGCUGUCCGUCUUUUCUCUGCUAACAGGAUUGGUCUACCUGCUCCUGGAGGUGGCACUGACCCAGAUAACAGAAGAUGCCACGUACAGUUUACAGUGUGCAGUGGGGUUCUCUGGUGUUCUGUUUGGCCUGAAGGUGGUGAAUAAUCACUAUGAUCCGGGUAGGACUUCUUACAUUAUGGGUCUGCCUAUUGCCAGUCGCUAUGCCUGCUGGGCGGAGUUGGUCCUAAUCCAUAUCAUGAACCCAGGCACCUCAUUUGUUGGACACCUGGCUGGCAUUCUGGUUGGAUUGCUCUACACGAGAGGACCCCUAAAGAAUCUCAUGAAAACAUGUUCUGGCUUUGUGACAUCGGAUGGCAGCUAUGGAAGGCAGCAGACAUUCAAUUCAUCAGGAUCCAGUGGAUUUAGGAUGCCAUAUUCUCCCAACUCUUAUUAUGGUCAGCAGUCAUUUAAUUCCAGGCACAAUAGCGCCCCCUACAGGGACCCAUAUAACACAGACAUGCCCUCUGCACCCCCUCAGCACCCUUAUACAGCUGGUUUGUCAGAAGAGGAACAGUACGAGGCUGCCAUCAGGGCCAGUCUUAACAACAGAGGGUUCUCUAGGCAAACAAGAUCAUCAAAUGUAUACUCUGACCCAAUCGCUGAAGCGGUCCGCUUGCGUCGACUUCAGAGAUUUAACAGCUGAGCAUCUAUUAGAUAAUGUAAAUAAUAAAGCUAAAUUGUUUACAACAAUGGUGGUGCAAGAUAACCAACCCAAAAAUAAGCGAGGUGCUGAUUGGUUGUGGCAAGAACUGGUCUGGAUGAUGUCACUGUUGGAUCUGCACUGGUACAGAAUCUUACUGAUUGUGUGGCACGUAUGAAAUAAAGCUGCCUGUAUUCAUAACUGCAGUGGAGUCGAUAAGGGUUCGACUCUUGAUUAGUGUACAUCUACGAUGUUUGAUCUUUUUAAUAAAUGAUCCUUUAUU